UUCGGCACAAAAAGUUAUUUGAAAAGCAACCGCUACCACACUGUCAAGCACCCUCUAAGUACUGCAACAGAUGAUGUACGCAUUGUGGGCAAACAUGGGAUGCCAGGAAUAGGAAAGACGACUAUAGCAAAAUUUGUAUUUAAUCAACUCUGCUAUGGAUUCGACGAAAGCUGUUUUCUUUCUAAUAUCAAUGAAACACCAAAACAAUUUAAUGGUCUUGUUCCUUUACAAAAGCAACUUCUUCACGAUAUUUUCACACAGGAUGCUGCAAACAUCAAUUGUCAUGAUAGAGGAAAGGUUAUGAUCAAAGAACGACUUCGUCACAAAAGAGUUCUUGUUGUUGCUGAUGAUGUGGCUCCUCAAGACCAGCUAAAAGCUUUGAUGGGAGAGCGAAGUUGGUUUGGUCCCGGAAGUAGAGUCAUUAUUACAACAAGAGAUUCAAAUCUUCUUCAUAAAGCAAUCUGGCAUGCCUUUAAGGACACCAAGCUAGAAGAAGAUUAUAUUGAGCUUUCGAAGGAUGCAGUUGAUUACUGUGGAGGACUUCCUUUAGCUCUUGAGGUUAUAGGAGCUUGUCUGUACGGGAAAAACAAAGAUAGAUGGAAAAAUGAAAUUUACAACUUGAGCAGAAUUCCAGAAAACAAUAUUCAAGGAAAGCUUCUAAUAAGUUUUGACGCACUGGAUGAGAAAGAAUACGUCUACAAUCCAGAAGUUGUUUUGGAAACUCUCCGUGAAAGUGGUUUCCAAGUAGAGAGUCUGCUGGGAUUGGCUCCAAGAGGUAGUCCAAGGUACCUAACCGGGAAAGUAUCACUACGACAGAAAACUGAGUUCGCCAGGCUAGAGGUGUAG